AUGUUUGCCUACGUCUUCAUUCCCUCCUUAGAAACCUGCAUUGAUGGAAGCCCAAUCUACCGAAAAGAGGAGGUUCGAGAGGACACUCAAGCCCCAUCCUCCAUGAGUACGACACCGCUUCAGCGCCCAUCAGUUCGAACGAGCGGGUUCAGUAAGAGAAAACUGUUCGUAUCCAUCUGGCUCCCGCUGUUCGGUCACCUGGCUCUCAGCAUUGCCAUCACGCUCCUCGUUGCCCUGGGUGUGAACGGAUAUCACGCUCUAGCAUACUCUGAACAGAAGAGGACUCAGGCAAAUGGAAGCUAUAUUACAUCGGUGCUAUGUGGACGGGGCUUGUGGGCUGGCGAUGUGGACUCGUCCUCCUGGAGUACCGAGGGCUCAAAAUUAGCCAGCCAGCUUUCUGAGGUUCUCGGUGGCUUGCCAUGGUUCAAGCUUCCGAGAGGUAGAGAGUGGCUCGUCGCCCUCAUCUUCGCAUUCAUCCUACCCCAGAGCUUCAUCGAGCCCCUAUUCUCAGGUAGCGUAGAUUGGAACUUUGCUCUCGACUACGCGCCUGCGACGACUGUCAGGAGCGGGGACCCAACUGCAUCAUCUACCAAAUGGUACUAUUAUAAUAUACAGGGUGUUGACAGGAAGACUGCCCUUCGUCGGGCGGGUGGCAUGGCCAGCAUUGCUUGGGGUGCCACCGGCUCAACAUAUUCCAAAGGGGGCUCAAUCUCAGCGCCUGGAGGACUCGCAUGUCGGCACCUAAUGCCUACCACUGCUCCAGUGAGUUCAACGCUAGCCAACGCCACCCUCCCCUGUAUCUACAUUCACAAUAUUGGUUGGUCUGAUGAUCAGCCCCCAGAUGACGUUUGGGAAUACGCUUGGUCGAAAACUGACGCCCUCAGCACUUUCGGUGAUAGCCUAUUUGCCUACGUUCGGCCCGGUGUGGCAGUCGCUUUCAGCCAGGAUUUAUGGGCACCGAACUCUACAGUCAAGACAGACAGAAAAAAGGGCACGUCGACCUUUCCGAAGGCUUCGAAAUGGAGCGGCAAUAUGACCGUCCUUCUGCUUCUUGGCAGACAGACCUCUGUCAGCUGUAAGCCGAUCUACGGGACUGCGUUUGGAAAUUCCUCCUACCUGACGAAGAGCCUCCCCGGCGUCUUCCAAGCCAACGCCAAUGCAUAUGACGAGAACUGUAUGGUCUGGGGCACAGUAUACUUCACAGCCGGUGAGAUCUAA